AUGCUGCUCAACCCGGCGACGACGGUGCUGGACACCAUCAGGCAGCACCUCAUGGACGACACGGCGGCCGCAUCCGCGCCGGAGGCGGGGAGGCCGAGGCCGGCGUACUGCCGCAGCGCCAGCUUCGGGAGCCUGGUGGCGGACCAGUGGAGCGAGUCGCUCCCGUUCCGCGCCGACGACGCCGACGACAUGGUCGUCUACGGCGCGCUCCGCGACGCCUUCUCCUGCGGCUGGCUGCCCGACGGCUCCUUCGCCGCCGUCAAGCCCGAGCCGCUGCCGUCCUCCCCGGACUCCUCCUCCUGCUCCUACGUCGACGACGCCGGCGCCUCCUCCCUCGAGCCGGACCUGCUCGACUGCUACCCCACCGAGGAGGACACGCCCAGGCGCGAGGAGGAGGCCGCCGCGGUGGCCCGGGGCAAGCACUACCGCGGGGUGCGCCAGCGCCCGUGGGGCAAGUUCGCGGCGGAGAUCCGGGACCCGGCCAGGAACGGCGCGCGCGUCUGGCUCGGCACCUACGACACCGCCGAGGACGCCGCCGUCGCCUACGACCGCGCCGCCUACCGCAUGCGCGGCUCCCGCGCCCUCCUCAACUUCCCGCUCCGCAUCGGCUCCGAGAUCGCCGCCGCCCACGCCGCCGCCGCAGCAGCCGCCGGCGACAAGCGCCCGUCGCCCGAGCCGGCCACCUCCGACUCGUCCUCCUCACACUCUACCUCCUCCACCUCGUCCGGCCCGUCCCCGAAGAGGAGAAAACGAGGCGAGGCGGCGGCCGCGUCCAUGGCCAUGGCCCUGGUCCCGCCGCCCUCCCAGCUCACCCGCCCGGCGCAGGCCUGGUUCCCCGCCGCGCCCGUCGAGCAGGUGCGCGUGCAGCAGCUCGUCAGCUAGGCCCCGCUUGCAGUGACAAUGUGGAACGGAUUUUAGCAACUAGUGCUGGUUCGUGACAGCGGCCUGCCUUGCACAGUUGCGCAAGUGCGAGGUCGACGGCGACCCAAUGUGCAAAGCCAAAGCAACACAGCGACGGCUCCAUUGGAUAUCCCGGCCGGUGGAUCGAUAAGAUCGGAGCAAUUGGGCGUGCCGGAGCCGAGAUAGUUCCUCCGCUCGGUGCAACUCGCCCAAGUGGGUCGAGGCGACA